AUGAUUCCAGCUCGAUCCCAGCGAAGACGGUGCAACUGGAAGGCUGCAGCAUCCCCGUCGCAUCCCCGUCACAAAUCCCCAAGUCCCCUCGCAAAUCUUAUUCUCUUCCUUCCCUCUUCUUCCAAGCCACACCUACUGGUCAGCGAGUCAGCACAUUGCAACUCGUUGGCGCUGGUGCCCGAACGCCUUGCUUUCCCGGCUACUCGUUCCUCUCUAUCUCCCCUCCCUCCCUCCAGUCCUCCAGUCCGUCCUCCGUUUGGGUCGUUUCCAUCCCCAUCCCCACCCUCCCUGAUCGACUCGGACUCAUCACGGUUCCACACCAGCAACGCGGCUUCCCUCUUUUUCCUUCCGCCGAUCUGCGACCAGCAACCUCGUCGGAUUCCCGAUCCUCCUGUCCAUUCUGCGACCGUUAUUUCUCGACGUCUCGAGACUUCUCGUCUCACCUCAUUCCCUCUCACCUCCUCUCGUCUCACUUCACCACGCGACCCUUCCGCUCGGAUCCUGAAACCUGCUCGCUCUCCUUCCCUCCCGAAGCACACACUCUAG